AUGAAUAGCGGCCCCCUGCCAGUGGAUUCCCCUUUCCCCGCGCAGCCCCCCGAAGCAGUUGGCGGAGCGGAAAACUACCCCGCGCAACCUUUCGCGCAGCCUUUCGCGGAUCCUCUGGCGCAGCCGCAGAUGGCGGAGAGGGAGGCGGAGUCGUCCGCCGACCGAGACUCCGCGGGCGCAGUUUCCGCGCCCGCCGCCGCUGCCCCGCAGCCCCACCACCCACUCCAGCAACCACUGGCGCACGGCGCCGCGCUGCAAUCCUCCGCACUGCCGCACGACGCGCAGGCCGCGCAGGCGGGCGGCGGCGGUUCGCGCGAGAGGGAGCGGGAGGCGGAAGGCGAGGCCCUGUCGGUGCGGUUCAACCAGGACUUCACGUGCUUCGCGUGCGGCACGCGCGGCGGCUUCCGCGUGUUCUGCUGCGACCCGCUGUGGGAGACGAUUCGGCGCGACUUCGACGGGCGCGGCGUGGGCAUGGUGGAGAUGCUGUUUCGCUGCAACUUCCUCGCGUUCGUGGGCGGCGGUGCCAACCCGUGCUACCCGCCUAACAAGGCCAUGAUUUGGGACGACUCUCACAGCCGGUGCAUCGGCGAGCUCACCUUCCGCAGCGAAGUGAGGGGCGUGCGGCUGAGGAGGGACCGCAUUGUGGUGGUGCUGGAGCAUAAGGUCUACGUCUAUAACUUUGCAGACCUGAAGCUGCUUCACCAGGUGGAGACGCUGUCCAACCCCAGAGGGCUGUGCGAGGUGUCCCAGUCGCCCAACAGUUUCGUUAUGGCGUGCCCUGGCAAGCACCGGCAGCAGAUCCGCAUUGAGCUAUUCGACCAGCGACGCACGCACUUCAUUGCGGCGCAUGACUCGGAGCCUGCCUGCAUCGCGCUCUCGCUGGAUGGGCAGCGCCUGGCCACGGCGAGCAGCAAGGGGACGCUCAUCCGCGUGUUCAACACGGCGGAUGGGAGCAAGCUGCACGAGGUGAGCAGUGGGGGGAGUGCUGGUUCCUGGGGCAGACACCAACUGGUCACGGCCAGCAGCAAGGGGUCGCACGCUGAUCAGCAGGAAGGGGUCGCACGCUGA